CGGGUGGUAAAGCGAGGGUAACAUCGUUGAUGAACAAUAUGAAGAGAAGCGGGCCAAUAUUGCUUCCUUGUGUGCACACCCGAGCUACCGACUAUUUCUUUGGACAUGUGCUUAUUAAUUUUCACGAUGCAUGUGCGAUUAAUUAGGUAAGACUUAAGCCACUGUACGAGCGAGCUGGGAAAUCCUAGCUUAUCGAGUUUAGCGAGAAUGCUCUGCUCUGCUCAAUGCUCAAUGCUCUGGUUUCAAUUCAAUUCAAUUCAAGUUUAUUAAAAUUGUCAGCUUAAUAGUUUCUCAAUUCCUAAAUCUAUUUUAUUCCUAACUUAACCUAUCUUAAUUCCCUAUACUAAAGUUAACUUUUGAGCACUUGAAAACGGAUAUCAGAUUAAAGUAGAAACAUAAGAAAAGAAGAGUAAAUAAGAUUAGAUAUGAUAGUCGGAAAAAAGAGGAUGAGAAAAUGAAGAGGAUAAGGAAGAGUAUCAGGGAAAAGGAUCAUAAAGGAUUAUAAAAGGGGGUGGGUAUGAUCUGUGCUAAUAUUAAAAGCGCGAACACACAGGAGAAGAGGCUCGUUGGAACCAAAUGUGGUGUGACGAGAAAGCAUGUUUAGUGCGCUACGUGCCCUUAAAUUUCUAGAGGGUACGUACAAGCCAAUCUGCUCAAGGAGAGUGGGAGCAUCGAUGUGACCAUUGAGCAUGCGUCCGAUGAAUUGGACGCGCGCUUGGGAGCGUCUUACUUCUAAGGAUUCUAGACCUAGCAAAUUGCAGCCAGAUUCGUAGCUGGGCAUAUCGGCGUUGGGGCCAGCCAUUCGUCGAAAAGCGAACCUUGUGAAACGCUUUUGGACCUUUUCAAAUCUUAAGAUCCAUCCAGAACGGACUGGACCAACGACCACUCAAGCGUAUUCCUACGUUGAUCUAACUAAAGAACAAAUAAGUGACUUGAGGCAAAGUGGAUCACGAAAAUCUCUGGUGAGUUUAUAUAUAAGCCCCAGCGUUCUAGAAGCACUUGCGACAACCGACUCGUUUAGUGAACUAAAUGUUCGUUUAGUGAUAAUUUAUCAUCCCAAAGGACGCUAAGAUCACGUAUAAGGGAGGUUCGAGACAGCACAGAAUUGGAGAGCGAAUAUUCGUAACGGAUAGGGUUGCGGUUAUGACUGAAGGAUAUUUCAGAGCAUUUCUCAGGGCAAAGACUUAGCUGGUUGAAGAAACACCAUAAAGAGAAUGAGUUAAGAAACUCCUGGAGCCGAAGGCUGUCGCUGUGCGUUCUGAUAGUUGAAUAUACUUUUAAAUCAUCAGCAUACAGUAAAUGACCUUCGGACGGGAGAAUUUCAUGAACAUCAUUGAAAAAAAAGUACGAAUAAUAGAGGGCUCAAGACGCAGCCUUGUGGCACUCCAGAGGAGGGACAAAUGGCCGAAGAAAAAGUAGUGUCGAUUUUUAAAACGAAUGGACCUGCUAUUUAAAAAAGAAUAAAGCCAGUCAAUUAACAUAUUAGAAAAACCAAGUUUGUUUAGUUUUAACAGUUGUCUACUUGCAAACCAUAAUUAAGCGAAUCUUGAAGAAUCUGCCACGAAUUCUCAACCUGCACAUUGCGAAUUCUCAACCUGCACAUUGCGAAUUCUCAACCUGCACGCGCGUCUUUCCACCGCUCUGGUAGAUCGUGCAGUUUCUACGGUACUGGCGCACCGUCUCGCCUUUCCAGCAUACCUCCUGAAGUGCUACUAUUUCGAAACCGCGGGCCCAGACCUCAUCGAACGCAAUUCGGAACUUCACAUCCGAUGAGAGGGUUUUGCAGUUCCUUGUCCCGAGAUUCCAAUCGUAAGUCCUUUUUCCUUCCGUGGGUCUGGAUCGAAUGGUCCGAUACGGUACUUCUUCUUGUUGACUUUUCGUUGCGGUAAUGUUUUUACGAGAGUGGCUUGCAAGUCCUCUCCCCUAACCUCCAGUCUCGUCGUAGGGCCUACGCUCGUUGGCUUUUUAGAGUCCUACAGCGAGCCAAGACGGAAGAAGCCAGCGCAGCCCUUCGGGAAGAGACAUACACUGGGGGGAAGCCGCUCCUGACAUGGAGAAUAGACGCUCCCUGGUAGAGUCAUGAAGAUCAAUCAUCAUCUACCUUCCUCUCAAUUUAGCCACGCAACCCAUCCGCCCAAGGGGUUGGAUUUCCCCGUAUAUCGUAGCUUGGAUAAUUGAGAGACAUGUUACCGUUCUGUACGACGGGAACGUAUUGAGUUGGUGAAAGAGGUGGAGAGCCUAUGUUAAUCUUCUAGAGGCUUCGGAUCCACCCCCGUAUCAGCGAGGUAUUGCUACAACACUGCUAACAGAACUUCGCACCUUAAAUCAAUAGUUGUCAUUGUGUUCGCUACCCAGAUAGCAAAGCCGAAGGCCUUUGUAUGGGAGCUAUCGCGCUGAUCAAGGCUCACUUUUUCGCGCGCAUAAAGCAAAAUGUGCGCGAAGGCGAAAAAAAACCCGAAAGCGCUUCGUGUCCUCUCUCGUGUUUCUAGUUUUAUUCUCUCUCGCAUGUCAUCACUCUCUCCCAGUUUUUCGGAUUGAAAUGAGAAUUCACUCUCUUGAUUUUAGGAUCGCUCUCUCCAGGGGAACAAGCUAGCAUGCUCUCUCGCUCUAACAAAUGAUAUUCUGUUAGGUAAAGCGGGAAAGCAUGUUAACCAUCUCUUUAUUAGUAUCGACGAUGCCUUCGAUCUCUUUCACACCACGCCGUCAAAUCAACAUGCUCUCCUCCUCUUUCAACCUAGCUCUGUCAGAGCCAUACACAAAGCCAUCAGUUGGACAGAGCAAGAAAGCAUAUGGAUAAUCUUGCAUGGGGGCUUGAUGUGCCUUUUGUUUUGCUGUUGCUGGUUCACGAGAAAAAUAUACCGGUGUUUUCGCUGAGCGUCCGUGGACAAGUUGUGAUUUGGUUUGGCUGUGGAAGAAAAUGAUAAUACAAAAAUCUGAAUUAUUAAAACAGCGAUAAUUGUUGGUAAAGCAUAUGAUCUAAUAUGAAGAAGUUUUAUAACACGCCAAACAAAUUGCUGAGUCAAGCCAGCACCCGCACAAUAACGACAAAUGUAUACGGACCAACAUCAUUUAUAUCAGUGCCAGCGAAUGGCAUUGAUCCGGUGGUAUUGCCACCGUUGUCAGUGCCAGUAUCAUCCGGAGUGGCUUGUCCACCCGUUAAGCUGACUGCGCCACUGCCGCGUCCUUCAUCCGUUCACACAGUGGAAUAUGUUGAUAAUGUGGUGCUGCCGCCGUUGGUGCCACUAUCAUCCGGAGUGGCUGGUCCAUCCGUGAAGCCAGCAGCGUCGCUUCCACCACCGCGCCCUUCAUCCGUUCACACAGUGAAUACUGUGGUGCUACCGCCGUUGGUGCCACUAUCAUCCGGAGUGGCUGGUCCAUCCGUGAAGCCAGCAGCGUCGCUUCCACCACCGCGCCCUUCAUCCGUUCACACAGUGGAAUGUGUUGAUACUAUGGUGCUGCCAAGUACAGCAAAAAACAGGGCUGAAAAAAGUACUUAUGCAUCAAAGUCCCCACCAAGAAAAGCCAAACGAACACGAAACAAACCAGCGCCAACACCAUCUGUUGCGAAUGUAGGUUCUUCAGCAUCCGCUGUUCUUUACUGUUCGACAAAUCCACUACCUGGUUUACCCGACAUGUCGGGUAUGCCAUGUAUGGAAGAUUGUGAGCCAUUUUCUCCCGAACCGUUUGAAGCAAAACGGAAAACUUCUGCAGUGGUUAAAAAGACGAAACAUCUUUCUACAACGAUGGUUAAUAUGGCAAUGAAUGAUGCAGAGUUAGGUUGCCUGUUAGUUGACGCGGAUGACUUAACAAACUUCCCACCAAUAUCUCCAAUGACCACCAAUGCGUUGUAUUCAUCACAAUUAGAUAAUGAAAGAACAGAAUGUGAUUUAAACACUCCUCACUCUUCCUCGGCAUUAAACGCUCCGGAAGCAAUGAUACUGCUUCGUGAUGUUGCGACAAAGGCAGACACAAAUAUGCUGUUACGUGAGAUACGGAAUUUGCGUCAAUACGUAGAGCAUUCGGUGCAAUCUGGCGUCAUCGGUCCAGCACCACAAGAGCAUAUACAACAAUUUGAAUUCAGCCCAUUGAAGGACAGGACUGAACUUGAAGAGUUCGAUAAACGUCUUGAAUCGGAUGAAGAAAAUAAAAAAAAUAUUUUACAAUACAUUUUACGGGAAUCUGGAGAUACAAGAAUACACUAUAUACUUCAUAGCGCGAUUGACAUUGUUUUUUCCAAAACACUGUUUGCCCAUUGUUGCUGGACAGGAAUCAAUAAAGGAAGCAAGAAAAUAGCAUUAAUGGAUUUUGGAAAUGUUCUACACAUUUUUAAAACAUUAGGAAAUCUGAGCGACACACAGGUGCGAGACCUGUUCAAACAGAAGAACAAAAAUGCUAAACGGCGCCAGACGUUAUCAGGGGAAAAAAACCAGCCCCUAUUGCGCCAAUUAAAAUCUUUAAGGCAAAUGUUACAACAACGGAUGAUUGAACUUUUAGCGCCUUAUACGAUAUAA